UGCGGUGGCGCUGCGGGCAGAGGGUACUGUGCUCCGAGCCUCUGGCCACAGGAGCGCCUAGGAUCGUGCGAGCGCCGCACCUGCGGGCCCAGUUGUCGGGCUGUCGCAGAGCGGGGACAGCCCUUCUAGGAGCUGCUGCUGACAUGAGUGCAGUGUCGCAGCCCCAGGCUGCUCAUGACCCCCUGGAGAAGCCAGCCAGCACGGCGAUCCUGUGCAAUACCUGUGGGAAUGUGUGCAAGGGCGAGGUGCUGCGCGUGCAGAACAAGUACUUCCACAUUAGGUGCUUCGUGUGCAAAGCAUGUGGCUGUGACCUGGCUGAGGGUGGCUUCUUCGUGCGACAGGGUGAACACAUCUGCACACGUGACUACCAGCGGCUCUAUGGCACUCGUUGCUUCAGCUGCGACCGCUUCAUUGAAGGGGAAGUGGUGUCAGCACUUGGCAAGACCUAUCACCCUGACUGCUUCGUGUGCGCUGUGUGCAGGUUGCCCUUUCCUCCUGGGGAUCGUGUGACCUUCAAUGGGAAGGAGUGUGUGUGCCAGAAGUGUUCCCCGCCCACGACGCUGGGCACUAGUGCUCACCUGGCCCAAGGCCUCCGGAGUUGUGGGGGCUGUGGCUUAGAAAUCAAGAAUGGUCAGGCCCUGGUGGCUUUGGACAAGCACUGGCACCUGGGCUGCUUCAAGUGCAAGACUUGUGGGAAACUCCUCAAUGCAGAGUACAUCAGCAAGAAUGGGCUGCCCUACUGUGAGGCUGAUUACCACACCAAGUUUGGCAUCCGCUGCGACCGCUGUGAGAAGUACAUCACAGGCCGCGUGCUGGAGGCCGGGGAGAAGCACUACCACCCUUCGUGCGCGCUAUGCGUCAGGUGCGGCCAGAUGUUCUCAGAGGGCGAGGAGAUGUACCUGCAAGGCUCCUCUAUCUGGCACCCGGCAUGUCGGCAAGCAGCCAGGACUGAAGACAAGAGCAAGAUGCACAGCUCUGUUUGCAGCCAGUCCUGCCCGGGCACCCUGCCCUGUGCCUUACAGGAAACCAGGACUUCCUCAGAGAGCAUUGUCUCUGUGCCCGCAUCCAGCACGUCGGGGUCCCCAAGCCGUGUGAUCUACGCGAAGCUUGGCGAUGAGAUCCUGGACUACAGGGACUUGGCUGCUCUUCCCAAAAGCAAAGCGAUCUAUAACAUUGACCGGCCCGACAUGAUCUCCUAUUCACCCUACAUUAGCCACUCGGCCAUUGGGGACAGGCAGAGCUAUGGCGAGGGGGAUCAGGAUGAUCGGUCCUACAAGCAGUGCCGGACCUCCAGCCCCAGCUCUGCUGGCUCUGUCAGCCUCGGGCACUACACUCCAACAUCACGGUCACCCCAGCACUAUAGUCGCCCAGCUGGUACUGUGAGUGUUGGUACCAGUAGCUGUCUGUCCCUGUCCCAACACCCAAGCCCUACAUCCGUGUUCAGACAUCAUUACAUCCCCUACUUCCGAGGCAGUGAAAGUGGCCGUAGCACCCCAAGUCUCUCGGUGCUCUCCGACAGCAGGCCUCCUUCCUCUACCUAUCAGCAGGCUCCACGUCACUUCCACAUCCCAGACACUGGCGUAAAAGAUAACAUCUAUAGGAAACCCCCUAUCUACAAACAGCACGCCACCAGGCGAUUGGAGGUGGAGGACAGCACUUUUGAUCAGGACAGCAGGAAGAAGACUACCUGGCUGCUCCUCAAAGGGGAUGCAGACACCAGAACGAAUUCUCCAGACCUGGACAGCCAAUCUCUGUCCCUCAGCAGUGGGGCUGAGCGGGAACCUCUGUCAAGGAUGCCUGGGGACAGCCUCUACUCACGCUUCCCUUAUUCCAAACCCGACACUCUCCCAGGACCCAGGAAGGAUGGCCUGGACCUCCGGAAUGCCAACCUGGCCCCUUGUGGAGCAGACCCGGAUGCCAGCUGGGGAACGCGAGAGUACAAGAUAUACCCAUAUGACUCCCUCAUUGUAACCAACCGAAUCCGGGUGAAACUGCCCAAAGAUGUGGACCGGACGAGGCUGGAGAGACACCUGUCACCUGAGGAGUUCCAAGAAGUGUUUGGGAUGAGCAUCGAAGAGUUUGACCGCCUGGCCCUGUGGAAGAGGAAUGACCUCAAGAAGAAAGCCCUGCUCUUCUGACAGCCGCCAGAGUCUUU